AUGCAUCUCUUGCCUCGAGAAGAGGCGAAACUCCUGCUUCACCAGGCAGGUUUUCUAGCCCAAAAACGUUUAGCAAGGGGCUUGCGCCUGAACCAAACGGAAACAGUCGCCCUCAUCGCCUCACAGCUGCAAGAACGCAUUAGGGAUGGUGUAUAUUCCGUAGCGGAGCUCAUGCACCAUGGCAAAACCCUCCUGGGCCGGCGCCACGUCCUGCCAAGCGUCCCGGCGCUUUUGCACGAGAUACAGGUCGAGGGAACGUUUCAAGACGGAGUGUUUUUGGUGACGGUUCAUGACCCCAUUUGCACGGACUCUGGGAACCUGGAAUCAGCGCUGUACGGCUCUUUCCUGCCUAUUCCGUCCGAGACGCUUUUCCCGCUGCUCGAUGAAUCCGAAUACGCGUCUGAGAAAGUCCCUGGUGCCAUUAUCUCCAAAAAGGAGAGGAUUAUACUCAACAAGGGGCGGGACCGUGUACGGUUGAGGGUGACCAAUAAUGGAGAUCGACCUGUUCAGAUCGGAUCGCACUACCACUUUAUCGAAGUCAACCCCAUGCUCUCCUUCGAUCGUGCUAAAGCAUACGGUAAGCGCCUAGACGUAGCAGCGGGCAGCGCAGUCCGCUUCGAGCCUGGAGACGUGAAAUCCGUCACCCUCGUGUCGAUCGCCGGCACACGUAUCAUCUCUGGAGGCAACAACCUGGCUACGGGUGUUGUGGAUCUAUCGCGGACGGACGAUAUCAUCUUUGGGUUGCUGCAGCGUGGGUUCUCCCAUGUGCCUGAACCUGGGGCGUUGGAAGUCCAGGAGGAUACGGAUAUUGGGAGGGAGAAGUAUAUUUCGAUGUUUGGCCCCACUGUGGGUGAUCGGGUUAGGCUUGGGGAUACGCUGUUGUGGAUUGAGGUUGAGCAUGAUGAGACUGUUUAUGGGGAUGAGGUUAAAUUUGGCGGUGGUAAAUCGAUUCGAGAAGGUAUGGGACAAGCGACCAACCGCUCUUCCACGGAAACUCUGGAUCUAGUCAUCACCAACGCACUCAUCAUCGACUGGUCUGGCAUUUACAAGGCAGACAUCGGCGUAAAAGACGGACUCAUAGCAGGAAUAGGCAAAGCCGGCAACCCAGACGUCAUGGCGAACGUCCACCCUGCACUCAUCAUCGGCUCCUCAACCGAAGUCAUCGCCGGCGAAAAACUCAUCAUCACCGCCGGAGCCAUCGACGCACACGUCCACUACAUCUGCCCACAACAAGUCGAGGAAGCCCUCGCGGCUGGUACGACCACUAUGAUUGGGGGCGGGACUGGGCCUAGUGCGGGAACGAACGCGACGACGUGUACUAGUAGCCCUUUUUAUAUGCGCCAUAUGCUAGCGGCGACGGAUGAGCUGCCGAUGAAUUUCAUGUUUACGGGCAAGGGGAACGAUGCGGGGCCGAUGGCGGUGGAGGAGGUUGUUAGGGCUGGUGCUGGGGGGUUGAAGUUGCAUGAGGAUUGGGGGUCUACCCCAGCUGCGAUUGUGAAUUGCUUGGAUGUUGCGGAUAAGUAUGAUGUUCAGGUUAAUAUACACACAGAUACCUUGAAUGAGAGUGGAUUUGUUGAGAGUACCAUUGCUGCAUUUGGAAAACGUACCAUUCACACAUACCACAGCGAAGGAGCAGGUGGCGGACAUGCUCCUGAUAUUAUCGUAGUUUGCGGGCUGGAGAACGUCCUCCCGUCAUCCACGAACCCAACUCGCCCAUAUACCAACAAUACCCUAGAAGAACACCUGGAUAUGCUAAUGGUUUGCCACCACCUCGACAAAUCCAUCCCUGAAGAUCUCGCGUUUGCCGAAUCACGCAUCAGAGCUGAAACCGUUGCUGCAGAAGACGUUCUUCACGAUAGCGGAGCUAUAUCCAUCAUCAGCUCAGAUUCACAGGCCAUGGGCCGCGUUGGGGAGGUUGUGAGUCGGACGUGGAGGACGGCGAGCAAGCUUCGUGAGUUCAGGGGCCCACUGACAUCUUUGGGAGAUGUGGAGGGUAAAGAUAAUGGUCGUGUGAAGAGAUAUAUCUCAAAAUACACCAUUAACCCCGCGAUCACGCAUGGGAUAAGCCACCUUGUAGGACAUGUUGCCGUUGGCACGUUGGCAGAUCUCGUCCUCUGGAAACCAGAAAACUUUGGGUCAAAGCCCGAGAUGGUGCUCAAGUCCGGCGUGAUCGUCUGGGCGCAGAUUGGAGAUGCCAACGCAUCCAUACCCACCGUUCAGCCGUUCUACUCCAAGCCAAUGUGGGGCGCCAAACCACGAUCCGCCUCGCUAAACUCCGUAUCAUUCGUGUCCCAGAUCUCUAUCACUUCUGGGGUAAUCGCGUCGUAUGGCUUGUCAAAACGGUUCGAGGCCGUGCGCGGGUGUCGGGCCGUGACGAAGAAAGAUAUGAAGUGGAAUGUCGCGACCCCGAAGAUGACGGUUGAUCCUGAGAGCUACGAGGUGCGCGCUGAUGGGGAGUUGAUGGAUAUAGAGCCUGCGACGACGUUACCCCUUUCGAGAGUCUAUAACCUUUUCUAA